AUGAAAAGGGAAAUAACAGACAAAUCUGUUCCCAAACAAACGAAAGGAAAGAAAGACCAAGUGUCCAAAAUAGUUUACACAGAAGAAGAAAACGAAAAGGUUGUCUUGACUGUCGAGAGUAAACUUUUCAAUUACCAUGACAAACAUUCAGAAUUCUUCAACAACAAAAACAAUUGGUUGCAACAGUUUGACACAGAAUUAAAUGCUUUUAAAGAUCAGAUCACUGAGUUUGACAUCUCGUUUCCUCCAAGAAGUACUGUAUCUAUCUAUCUAUCUAUCUAUCUAUCUAUCUAUCUAUCUAUCUAUCUCUGUUCAUAUCUAUCUAUCUAUCUGUCUAUCUAUCUAUCUAUCUAUCUAUCUAUCUAUCUAUCUAUCUAUCUAUCUAUCUCUGUUCAUACCUAUCUCUGUUUUAUAUCUAUCUAUCUCACUAUAUCUCUGUUCAUAUCUAUCUAUCUAUUCAUCUAUCUAUCUCUGUUUAUAUCUAUCUAUCUAUCUAUCUAUCUAUCUAUCUAUCUAUCUAUCUCUGUUCAUAUCUAUCUGUCUAUUCAUCUAUCUAUCUAUCUCUGUUUAUAUCUAUCUAUCUAUCUAUCUAUCUAUCUAUCUAUCUAUCUAUCUCUGUUCAUAUCUAUCUAUCUAUCUAUCUAUCUAUCUAUCUAUCUAUCUAUCUCUGUUCAUAUCUAUCUAUCUAUCUAUCUAUCUAUCAUGCCAUAUAUACUUGUGUUUAAGAUGACUUCAUAUUUCAUUAUCUAUCUGUCUAUCUUAGUUCAUUAUCUAUGUCAAUUCAUCUAUCUAUCUAUCUAUCUAUCUAUCUAUCUAUCUAUCUAUCUAUCUAUCUAUCUAUCUAUCUCUUCUAUGUAUGUAUGUGUGUAUGUCAGUUCAUUAUCUAUAUGUCUAUCUUAG